AUGAAUUUUAAUAUCUCUAAGAAGAAUACACGAGGCGUGCGAGAGUGUAAUUUCAAUAAAAUUGAAUUUCAAGAUAGAAACGAGGCGGGGGUAUCAGCAGCCGAACACACAGAGGCUCUGUUAAAGCGAGCAAUUGCGGGGCGCUUGUGUAAAAUGAAUAAAACAUCGAAUUUCCACGGAACUGGACGUUCUCUGCUCGGGUAGUACACUGUACACGGUAUAUAGCUGAUAUAUUUAUCCAAUGGUAUCUGUCGAACGGUAACCGUCGUCGGUUUAUUCCCUGGUCUGAGCCGUCGCGGAACGCCGCUCCUCCGUCACUCGUUCAGUGCUUGUCCAGCAUCUGAGCACACCAUGUGCUUCCUCUUGCUCGUUUAUCUCCUCUUAUCGGUCACCGCUCAAGACGUUAGCACGGAGGAAGUGGACUGCCAAGUUUAUAACCAUCUUUACGUCUGCCUGGCGAACGGCGUGCUGCAUAGCGUAGCGUUCGAGGAUGUCAACGCGGUGCAAACCAUCGAGGACAUAGAGCUACAUCUCGAGGGACUCGGGAUCGUCGACAUAGCCAAGGACGCUUUUCUCGAAGUCAGCAAUUCCUCUGCCCUCUACAUCCGCGACAAUCAAUUAUCGACCGUGUGCAAACACUAUUUCACCGGUUUGGACCAGCUCGCUUAUUUGGACAUGAAGAACAACACGAUAGGCGAGAUAGAGGACGGUGCGUUCGCGAAAUUGCACAGCUUAGAGACGUUGUUGCUCGAUUACAACAACGUCACCGCCUUCAGACCCGGCAUGUGGAAAGGUCUGAGCGAUCUUCACGAGUUAUACGCGACGAACAACAACGUCGCAUUGAAGAGGAACAUGUUCCGAGGUCUGAGGCAUUUGGAGACGUUGGCGUUGGACUCGAAUCAUAUCGCAGAGGUGCCUGUGGGAGCGUUCAACGGAUUACCUCAUAUCGAUCUACUGUACCUCUCGAGGAAUAAAAUCUCAUCGCUGCAACCCGAGGUUUUCCGCGGUCUGAGCGAUAUCAACGAGUUGGAUCUGGGAAAGAAUCGUUUGAAGUCGGUGUCCGGCGGGAUGUUCAGACACUUGAAGAACCUGAAUUCCCUGUGGCUGAACGGCAACCAGAUCGUCAUACUGAAGGCUGACACGUUCGAGGGAUUGGAUAAUCUGUCGCUGCUCUUCCUCAACGGCAACGAGCUACUUCGUCUCGUUGAUAUGUCUGCGUUCGCCAAGAUGAAGAACGUCACCAUCGAUCCUGGCUUCAAGAUAGCUGGGGCAACGGUGGAGAAUGUUUGCAAAGUGCAAGGACGGUUUCGGUGCAAUCACGUCGCGAAUCAAUCGCCUUACGAGUGUACGAAGAUCGAAUCUUAA